AUGUUUGUUGCCACGCUCGCCCUCGUUCAGUUUAUGCCAACCAUUGCGCUUGAUAAUCCUCUGCACAAUGCUCACCUCCUUUACCCCCGAAAAGGUGGUGGAGGUGGGCGUGGAGGUGGUGGUAGAGGUGGAGGCGGGAAAGGUUCGCGAGGGGGCAAGUCGGUAUCUGGACUCAAUGGGAAAACAAGUUCUCCGGGCUCUCGAGGAGGUGGGACGAUAACAACCAUACCUUCUGGCUCUCGAUUUGCUGGUCGGCAAGCUGGAGGAGCAACGCGAGACACCGUUUACGGAGGAACUUAUUAUGGUAGUGGAUACCCAUACGGGUCGUACGUUUAUGUUGGGCCCAACGAAUAUUAUGGUUCGUCCGAAUACGGCCCCGCCAACUCGACCGAACGCCCUGGCGGGCCUAUGUACACGAUCUCGGUCUAUACUACGAAUUCCAAGUACAACACCUCGGACGUAUACCGGAUUCUCGGAGACCAGGACUCGGUAGCAACCGUUCUUUCAGCCCUUCAGAGCAACUGUUCCGUUGCUGGUGGAGCCAUGUUCAACUACGACCCUACUUCCGAUGACCUGGCUCGCUCAUUACCACGUACCGAAUCCAUCAUUCAAUGGUAUCGCUCUAGUUCAUUCGCUCUGUCACUAGACGGAUACAACAACUCGGCAUCGGUCGUAACACCGGCCGCACUGUCAAAUGCCACCCAGCAUCUCGUCACUGCUUUGCUACCCCCCACCCCGCUCCCUUCACACUUGAACCGUGCGUUCCUUGACUGCGUGAAUUACACCACUGCUUCUUCGCUCCCGCUUAUCAAUGCGGGUUUUAGCGACUUGCCGCCUAUUAAUAGUUUGGGUCUCCUUUUCAUUCUUUGGACAACAGUGAUCAUGUUCAAGCAUUCCUUCCUUUAG